CCUGUUGCGCGUGUGGACUAUUUUGACUGACACACUGGCAGCAAAGACUCAACGGGUUUGUUUGGUUUUCGAGCGGGUAGAGGAAUAAACACCAUGGUGGGAGUGGAUUGCAGGUCUGAGCAGGUGAGGGUGUGAUCCCUCUGCAAUCGGUCGACAACAAGGCCGACAGCGGAACAAAUCGAUACUGCCGGAGGAAAAGAAGAAUGGCCCGAAAUGUAAACUUUGACUUGAGCCACCCUCUUAUGGAAGCCGGACUGGAGAGCCCAGUGGAUGAGGAAGGCGUCCAUGACUCUUUCAGCCAGCUGAUAGCAGAACAGAGUCAGAAUGGAGGAAUGUCUGAUGCCUAUGAGCUGCAGCAGCUGCAGAGAGAACUGGAUGAGGAGGGUCAAGACAAUGUGUCCUACCUGUCCAGCCCUGGACGUGAGUUUAGGGGACGGAUUCAAGAGCGAAGGGAUGUGAAAUUGGAGGAAGAUGAAAGACAAACAGACCCCCUCAUAGCUGAACGCUGGUCUUCGGCAACCUUAAGGAUCCUUUCCUCCAUGCCCAGUCGCACAAUCGGCCGCAGCAGAGGAGCCAUCAUCUCUCAGUACUACAACAGGACAAUGCAGCUUCGCAGACGUAGGCAGAGCAGACCGUCCAUCAAAGACUUCUCCCCCUCUGCCAGACCGAGCAUACGAUGCUAUGGCAUGGAGGCGGACUGUACAGACGGAGAAGGCACAGAUGGGAGUAAGAGGGAACGUUUAGUGAACAACCUGCAGAACCUGUCAGUGACCGACAGAAUCAGAAUGCUCCGAGCGAUGCCUCUCAGUGUGGCUGAGAAGGGUGAACUCAGGAGGUUAGCAUUACAAAAGGAAAAACAGACACUUUCUGGCAGCAAGCUUCCCUGUUGCAGUCGACUCAAAUAUUACAUCAUGAUUGCUGUGAGACAGAGUUGGUACAGCUGGUUGUCCUUCCUGCACUCCCUCCAGCUGUGGCAAGUGGCGCUCAAGAGAGUGAGCGGGCGUUUCGGUACUGGAGUUCUCUCGUACUUUCUUUUCCUCAAGACCCUACUCUUCUUCAACUUCUUCCUGUUCCUGGUCACGGGUUCCUUCUUGGUGCUGCCUCAGGCAGUUCACCCUCCAGUGCUGCCUGCAGGGAGACAGCCCUUCUCUGGACUGGAGCUCCUCACUGGAGCGGGCUAUUUCUCAGACACAGUGAUGUACUAUGGAUACUACUGUAACGACACGCUGAAUAAGACCUGCAAGGAUGAUGGUGCAGUGCUGAGUGACUCCAUGUCCAAUACAGCCACACGCGACUGUGAGUCAAAGCGCCUCUCUUACAACAUGCCACUGGCAUACUUCUUCACCAUUGGAGUGGCCUUCUUCAUCACAUGUAUCAUCCUUGUGUACAGUAUGUCGAAGUCGUUAAGUCAGAGCUUCAGAAUCGACAAAUCUCAUAGCAUCUUGGCCAUGAAGGCCUUCUGCUCCUGGGACUUCAAAGUCAUCAAGAAAACUUCUGUUAAACUCAUGUCUGAAAAUAUAUGCAUUCAGCUCAAGGAGCUGUUGGCUGAGGUGAAUCAUAAGCGUGUCAAGAACACCAUGGGCCAGAAGUUGUGGAGACUGAUGGUUCAUGGCCUGGCAUGGGCAAUCUGCAUAGCAAGCACCACUGCCUGUGUGGUCGGCAUUUAUUACUUCUCUGAUUACAUGCACCAGAACCUGCAGCAAAGUUCUCGUAGCGUCAUCGAGAACCCCUUGUUGCAUGAGGCCAGCCUGCUGGCUCUGCCUGUGCUGGUGUCCCUCAUCAACCUGCUGCUGCCCGGCCUCUUCAACCUUGCAGCCUGGAUGGAGGACUAUGAGUCACCUUCAAUACGCACAUAUGUGGCCAUCAGCCGGAACUUGAUGUUAAAAGUGAGCGUGCUUGGAGUCCUUUGCUACCACUGGCUGGGUCGGGUGGCUGCUGACCCCAGCAGUAUUGGCCUCAAGUGCUGGGAGAGUUUUGUUGGUCAGGAGCUUUACCGCUUCCUGCUCAUGGACUUCAUCUUCACUCUACUGGACACCUUGUUUGGAGAGUUUCUUUGGGGGUUGUUUUCUGAGAAGGUGCUGAAGAGAAGAAGGAAACCAGUGUUUGAUAUCGCCAAGAACGUCCUGGAGCUCAUCUAUGGACAGACAUUAGCCUGGUUGGGUGUUCUCUUCACUCCUGUCCUCCCUGCAGUGCAGAUUCUCAAACUAUUUCUUCUCUUCUACAUUAAAAUGAGCAGCGUGAUGAUGAACUGUCAGGCCCCCAGGAAGCCUUACAGAGUCAGCCAGAUGACCACCAUCUUCAUCACUCUCCUCUGCUUCCCCUCCUUCCUCGGCGCCUCAGUGUGUGUCACGUACACAAUGUGGAGUAUCACACCGUCCACGUCGUGCGGUUCGUUCAGGGGUCUCAAAACGAUGUUCCAGGCGGGAAAACUGUGGGUGGCAGAAAUGGAAAAAGAUAAUCCCAACCUGUCCGUGCUGGCCAAGGCUCACUCCUACCUGGUGGAAAAUCCACUUUUCCUGUUUGUGGGAGCAGGAAUCUUUCUGACCGUCAUCUACUUCCACAGUCAGGUGGUGGACGGUCAGAGGAAGAUCAUCAGUUUACUGCAGGAGCAGAUAGAAAACGAGGGGGAGGAUAAAAAGUUCUUGAUCACUAAGCUGCAGUCCAUCCACGAGCAGAAACGAACGCCUCGAAGACUCACCAGUCAGGAUUCUGCGUGCUAAAACAUUGGAGCCUUUUCAAUUCUCUGAGCGCUGAGGUCAGGAGUAUUGUUAAACCAGAGGGUUUAUAACUGGAUUAUCAACAGGGAAAGACAAAUCAAAUGUAUUACGCAUUGGUAGAAUUUUAAAUUUCACCUGAUGGUAACGGCUGGAAUCUUUGUAGAUCGAAGGAACAAGGUAUGAUUUACAGAUGUAAUGCCUGAACUGGAACUUUAGGAUGUCAGAGUGAAGCCAAUGUGACUCCAUUACCUGUGCAUAGCUAUUAACAGAUCGAGAGAAGUGAGGAAAUGUAGAAUUAACCAGGUGACGGAACAGUUUUAAAAAGCUAACUGAGCAGCGACUAGGCCGGCCUGUAUGCAAAAAAGUGGGCAGUGUAAGUGAGAUAUAGCCCUUCUCAUGCAGAAGCACUUUUACACCAACUGUGAACAGUUUUUAUUCUUAGGUGGACUUUGGAUUUUGUGGGUGUGAGCUUGUUCAUACUGUAAAUGAUUCCUGUUUUUUAUGCUUGUUUUUCUGAAUUCUUUUAGUGUGAUAACUGUCACUGUACUUUUUUAAAGUAAAUUAUGUUUUAUCAUA